AUGAACGGGCGGAAGCAGAGUCUGGGGGAGCUCAUCGGCACUCUGAACGCGGCCAAGGUGCCGGCCGACACCGAGGUGGUUUGUGCUCCCCCUACUGCCUAUAUCGACUUCGCCCGGCAGAAGCUAGAUCCCAAGAUUGCUGUGGCUGCGCAGAACUGCUACAAAGUGACUAAUGGGGCUUUUACUGGGGAGAUCAGCCCUGGCAUGAUCAAAGACUGCGGAGCCACGUGGGUGGUCCUGGGGCACUCAGAGAGAAGGCAUGUCUUUGGGGAGUCAGAUGAGCUGAUUGGGCAGAAAGUGGCCCAUGCUCUGGCAGAGGGACUCGGAGUAAUCGCCUGCAUUGGGGAGAAGCUAGAUGAAAGGGAAGCUGGCAUCACUGAGAAGGUUGUUUUCGAGCAGACAAAGGUCAUCGCAGAUAACGUGAAGGACUGGAGCAAGGUCGUCCUGGCCUAUGAGCCUGUGUGGGCCAUUGGUACUGGCAAGACUGCAACACCCCAACAGGCCCAGGAAGUACACGAGAAGCUCCGAGGAUGGCUGAAGUCCAACGUCUCUGAUGCGGUGGCUCAGAGCACCCGUAUCAUUUAUGGAGGCUCUGUGACUGGGGCAACCUGCAAGGAGCUGGCCAGCCAGCCUGAUGUGGAUGGCUUCCUUGUGGGUGGUGCUUCCCUCAAGCCCGAAUUCGUGGACAUCAUCAAUGCCAAACAAUGA